GUUGGUUGCGAUGCUUAGGCUUAGAACCCCUGCUCUAGAGAGUGUAAGAGUAGUGAUAAAAAUCACCAUGGGCAUUAUUCCUACUAGAUCUACACCAUUUUUUAUUUUUUGUUUCUUAUCUUGGGAUUUUUAAAAAGCUUUUCCAGCACACACUAAUGACUUCAGAUUAUUAAAAACUAUGGCAAUGUCAAUGUUCUUCAAUUGUCUUGGACUUGGCGAUAACAAAAAGAUUAUCAUCUGGUCAUGGUGUAAUGAAUAUGGUUCUCUCACACCUUAUGAGCCCUUAGUAUCAAAUAAAAUAGAAGAGAUGUUUCAAACUGGAACACAAAGUAUGAACCUUGGAAUUGUGGAGCCAACGUUAUCUAAUUAUCAAUUAGACCUGGCAAACAUGAAACAGAUUCGCUUGGCAUCAGGUAAACAACGAACCAUUAAUAGAUUACUUUUAUUUAAUGAUCAUGUUCUUGCAAAAGGAAUUAUAUGGGAGUUUCAAGCAGAAAAUAUAUGGACUUCAUAUGAUAUAGAUAUUUCAAAUCAUCUUGAGAUAGCCUAUCAGCAGAAUGCAUCUCUUUUAGAUUUGCAACACUUUGGACAACCCUAUAAAAUAGAUUUUCAACAAUGGAUUCAGAUUAGAUCCAAUUCUGGGACUCAGAGGAAAAUAAGGAGAAGAGCAUUAAGCCAUCAGUAUCAAACAGAAAAUUUCACCUCACAACUGUCAGUUCAGUCACAAGGAGGUAUUCAAAAACAGAAAAAACAUGUAUCUAGGGCUCAUCCAUAUAAUACUCUACAAGUGGCCACUGGCAGCAGUAAUCUUCUCAAUAGCCUAACCCCAGCCUCAAGUGUACACAAGAGAACUACUGUGUACAGACAAGUGUCUAAACCAUUUUUAACUGACACAUCUAAGAAGGAAGCAGUUACAGAGUCCCUUCCUACUGUUCAAAAAAUUACCCUAGACACUCUUGGUGCCACACCUUUUUUGCGAUCAGGACUAGAAGUUUUGGGCAGGUACAUGAUUGGUGUGACCCAAAAUAUAGACAAAAAUGACUGUGCCAUUUGUUGUGAUAAACUGAAUGAGCCUUCUAGUUAUGGAGACAAUAUGUCUGGAUCUAGUGAUGUUGUUGAGCUUUGUUUCUGUAAACAUCAGUUCCACAAACUCUGUUUGCUCACCAUGUAUAACUCAGUACAUAAGGGAAACAGUCUCCAGUGUCCAUGUUGUAAUACAAUUUAUGGUGAAAAAACUGGCACCUGCCCACCAGGCACAAUGGAAUGGUACAUUGAUAAAGACUUACAUCUAGCUGGAUAUGAGGAUUAUAGCACUAUAUGCAUAUCAUACCAUAUGAGUCCUGGUAUACAGGGACCAGAACAUCCUCAUCCAGGCCAGCGCUAUAAAGCCAGAGGAUUUCCUAGAACAGCUUUCUUACCAGAUUGUAAUCAAGGUAGAAAGGUUUUAAAGCUUCUGAUAGAAGCAUUUGUUCGCAGGCUUACAUUCACUAUUGGUACUUCAACUACAACUGGAGAACAGAACACACUCACAUGGAAUGAGAUUCAUCAUAAAACUGAGUCUUAUGGUAAUGCUUUUGGCCAUGGAUAUCCUGAUCCAAAAUAUUUAGAUAAUGUUUUAAUGGAACUAGCUUCCCAUGGAGUAGUAGAAUAAUACUACUUAGUUCUUUGGUCAUGCAUACCAGUAAUGUUGUGACUGAUGUUAGAACAUUUGAAUUUUUUUUUAAACACUAGUUUUUACGUUGUUUAGCCUUUUUUUUUUUCGACAUUCCCUCAACAAAUGAUGAAGUAUGAACUAACAAAACAAUAGUGAUCCAUUUCUUUCUUUAAGGUAGCAUUGUUAGAUCAGCAUACUAAUCUAUUCAUAAACAGCAAAUAUAAAAGCAAUUAUUAAUGGAUUGACUAGUUUGUCUGGGGACUGUGUUGAUCUAUAUAUGUUUACCAGUGACAGUGCUUUAUUAUUCUAAUGAUGAAGACUGAAAGAUUCUUUUUCCAGUCUAGUUUUAUAUUUCUAUAGUAGUAUAUUACUUCUUUCAAAGUUGAGUGGAGUGACACAUUUUUAUAUAAAGAAAGGUAGACAUGCACCAGAUCUGACCAAUUGUCCAAGCUAAUUACUUCUUUCAAAUAGAUUCAGUUUGAACUGAUCUGACCUACUGUUCAAGCUAAUUACUUCUUUCAAAUACAUGCAGUUUGAACUGAUCUGACCUACUGAUCAAGCUAAUUACUUCUUUCAAAUAGAUUCAGUUUGAACUGAUCUGACCUACUGUCCAAGCUAAUUACUUCUUUCAAAUACAUGCAGUUUGAACUGAUCUGAUCUACUGUUCAAGCUAAUUACUUCUUUCAAAAAGAUUCAGUUUGAACUGAUCUGACCUACUGUUCAAGCUAAUUACUUCUUUCAAAUAGAUGCAGUUUGAACUGAUCUGACCUACUGUCCAAGCUAAUUACUUCUUUCAAAUAGAUGCAGUUUGAACUGAUCUGACCUACUGUCCAAGCUAAUUACUUCUUUCAAAUAGAUGCAGUUUGAAUUGAUCUGACCUACUCUCCAAGCUAAUUACUUCUUUCAAAUAGAUUCAGUUUGAACUGAUCUGACCUACUGUCCAAGCUAAUUAUUUCUUUCAAAUAGAUGCUGUUUGAACUGAUCUGACCUACUGUCCAAGCUAAUUACUUCUUUCAAAAAGCUUCAGUUUGAAUUGAUCUGACCUACUGUUCAAGCUAAUUACUUCUUUCAAAUAGCUUUAGUUUGAACUGAUCUGACCUACUGAUCAAGCUAAUUACUUCUUUCAAAUAGAUUCAGUUUGAACUGAUCUGACCUACUGUUCAAGCUAAUUACUUCUUUCAAAUAGAUGCAGUUUGAACUGAUCUGACCUACUGUCCAAGCUAAUUACUUCUUUCAAAUACAUGCAGUUUGAACUGAUCUGACCUACUGAUCAAGCUAAUUACUUCUUUCAAAUAGAUGCAGUUUGAACUGAUCUGACCUACUGUCCAAGCUAAUUACUUCUUUCAAAUAGCUUCAGUUUGAACUGAUCUGACCUACUGAUCAAGCUAAUUACUUCUUUCAAAUAGAUGCAGUUUGAACUGAUCUGACCUACUGUUCAAGCUAAUUACUUCUUUCAAAUAGAUGCAGUUUGAACUGAUCUGACCUACUGUCCAAGCUAAUUACUUCUUUCAAAUAGAUGCAGUUUGAACUGAUCUGACCUACUGUCCAAGCUAAUUACUUCUUUCAAAUAGCUUCAGUUUGAACUGAUCUGACCUACUGUCCAAGCUAAUUACUUCUUUCAAAUAGCUUCAGUUUGAACUGAUCUGACCUACUGAUCAAGCUAAUUACUUCUUUCAAAUAGAUUCAGUUUGAACUGAUCUGACCUACUGUUCAAGCUAAUUACUUCUUUCAAAUAGAUGCAGUUUGAACUGAUCUGACCUACUGUCCAAGCUAAUUACUUCUUUCUGACCUACUGAUCAAGCUAAUUACUUCUUUCAAAUAGAUGCAGUUUGAACUGAUCUGACCUACUGUCCAAGCUAAUUACUUCUUUCAAAUAGCUUCAGUUUGAACUGAUCUGACCUACUGAUCAAGCUAAUUACUUCUUUCAAAUAGAUGCAGUUUGAACUGAUCUGACCUACUGUCCAAGCUAAUUACUUCUUUCAAAUAGAUGCAGUUUGAACUGAUCUGACCUACUGUUCAAGCUAAUUACUUCUUUCAAAUAGAUGCAGUUUGAACUGAUCUGACCUACUGUUCAAGCUAAUUACUUCUUUCAAAUAGAUUCAGUUUGAACUGAUCUGACCUACUGUCCAAGCUAAUUACUUCUUUCAAAUAGAUUCAGUUUGAACUGAUCUGACCUACUGUCCAAGCUAAUUACUUCUUUCAAAUAGAUGCAGUUUGAACUGAUCUGACCUACUGUCCAAGCUAAUUACUUCUUUCAAAUAGCUUCAGUUUGAACUGAUCUGACCUACUGUCCAAGCUAAUUACUUCUUUCAAAUAGAUGCAGUUUGAAUUGAUCUGACCUACUGUUCAAGCUAAUUACUUCUUUCAAAUAGAUGCAGUUUGAACUGAUCUGACCUACUGUCCAAGCUAAUUACUUCUUUCAAAUAGAUGCAGUUUGAACUGAUCUGACCUACUGUCCAAGCUAAUUACUUCUUUCAAAUAGAUGCAGUUUGAACUGAUCUGACCUACUGUUCAAGCUAAUUACUUCUUUCAAAUAGAUGCAGUUUGAAUUGAUCUGACCUACUGUUCAAGCUAAUUACUUCUUUCAAAUAGAUGCAGUUUGAACUGAUCUGACCUACUGUUCAAGCUAAUUACUUCUUUCAAAUAGAUGCAGUUUGAACUGAUCUGACCUACUGUCCAAGCUAAUUACUUCUUUCAAAUAGAUGCAGUUUGAAUUGAUCUGACCUACUGUCCAAGCUAAUUACUUCUUUCAAAUAGAUGCAGUUUGAACUGAUCUGACCUACUGUUCAAGCUAAUUACUUCUUUCAAAUAGAUGCAGUUUGACAUGAUCUGACCUACUGUUCAAGCUAAUUAUUUCUUUCAAAUAGAUGCAGUUUGAACUGAUCUGACCUACUGUCCAAGCUAAUUACUUCUUUCAAAUAGAUGCAGUUUGAACUGAUCUGACCUACUGUCCAAGCUAAUUACUUCUUUCAAAUAGAUGCAGUUUGAACUGAUCUGACCUACUGUUCAAGCUAAUUACUUCUUUCAAAUAGAUGCAGUUUGAACUGAUCUGACCUACUGUCCAAGCUAAUUACUUCUUUCAAAUAGAUGCAGUUUGAACUGAUCUGACCUACUGUCCAAGCUAAUUACUUCUUUCAAAUAGCUUCAGUUAGAACCAUCACAGAAGAAGUUCAAGAAUUAGAAUAAGAGAUAUUUGAGAAAUUUUACAAUUGUAUAUAUUUGUAUAUAAUUUUGUGUGUGUGUGUCCUAAUGCUGGUUGAACUCUAUUUACUGGUUUAAAUGACAAAGUGAAAUAACUCUGUUUAGAAUUAUUGAAAAUGAUUAUUACAAUCUUUUGUUUUCAAUAAAAUAUUUUAUUUCAUUUCUCCAUUCAUAUUUCUAUGUGUUAGUUUGAUGGAAUUCAUGAGUAUAUUUUCUAACCUAAUCAUUUCUUCUUUUCAAUAAAUUAAAAAUGCUUUAAAGUAAGCAUUGACUUAUACACUGUUCUGAUUACCUUCCACUUUAUAUGUGCCAAAAAUAUUAAAUACCACUUUAUAAUUUAAAAACAAAAUCAUACUUUAUAUGUCCUGAUAGUCACUCUUACAAUGUAGUUAUCUUUUAUUCAAUCUUAAGUCUGUUCUAACACAGAAGACAAAACAACAUGAUGGUCCUCCUAAAGCAGUUGACCUUUGAUUUAGUGGACAAGUUGAACUAUAUUCAUUGUUUCAGUAUUUCUUUUUUUUUUAAAUUCUGAAUGAGUUAAACCAAUGAUAAAUUCAGGUUUUACUUAACGUUAUAUAGAAACUCUUGUAAUUCAGGGCAAUUCAACAAUUCAAGCAUUCUCCUUCUGAAACUUAGCUCACCUAUACAUUCAAGAUUCAUUUUAAAACAUGCAAUAUGCUGCAAUACAUUCCUCAUUUUUAUUUAAAAGAAAAAAGAAAUCUACUGUUGGUUUAUUUGUGUUUAUUCCUGUUUAUAUAUGCCUGUCUAUUUGUCUACCUAUUUACAAAUGUGAUAUCUCUGUUGAGACCAUUUAUACAUAUGUACAUUUGGAUUUCUUCUUACAAUAGUGUUGUGUGUCAUGUUGCUCACUAGUCACAAUCAUGCUAUCAAUCUCUAGUUGAUCAAAUGUAUGAUAUGAACUUGAAAAAUAAAAAUACAACUCUCCUCUU